GACAUCUGCUGCCAUCGAUCGCUGCCGAGCAGGAUGUCGUUUUGCGUGCCUGUACAGGAGAAGCUGAUAUUUCGCAACAUGUGACGCGAAGGCACUUCUAGUACCUCCCUCUCGAGACCUCUUUCACGACGCCGGCAAUGGCACUCAUCCCGCUCAGCCUCUUCCUCGGCGGCAGCGUUACAGCUAUCCCAGUUGUCACGGGCAUCGCAGAAGGCGUGUCGCAUCAAAAGAAGCAGAACGAGGAGGCUGCGAACGAGAGCCGCAUGAUAAAGUUCAACAUUCUGAUAUCCUGCGACUCGAAAGAUGAGCUGGCGGAAGAGGUGGACAAUGGCAUCGCUGUCUUGCGACAUGACAAAGUGUGGAUAGUCCCGCGCGAAGACCGAGAUGGAAAACCGUUCCCUGUACCGCCCAUCCCGAAUAUGCAACCGCCGCUCCACGCUUUCGCGGGUUUCUACAUACAGUACCCGGACGAUGAUCGCGUCCCCCCAGAGCGCGGACUGGUUUCCACGAUAUCGGAUGACCCGCCGAUGCUGAACUGGAUAUACGUCGAUAAGAGUACCUAUGAGCUUCGGUAUGGGAAUCGCACCGCCUCAAUAGAACACAUAGUCGGCGAGUGGGACUGGACAGAGGAUGAGAUGCGUGUCAUGCUUGAGGGCUGGGAAGGCUUCGUUGCUGUGGACGAGAGCUCGGCGAUGAGCGAAGAGGAGUGGGAACAAACUCCUUGGGGCAAAGAAGGAUUGCGAUGGGCCAUAUAUUAUGACCGGGAUGAUAAUGGAUUGAAAGGCAGGAGAGGAAAGAGGAAUGUGUUUGAAAUCGUGCUGCACAGGCGGCUGCAGAGCAAAGAAGACCAGCUCAAGCAGCUUGAAGAGGCGGAAAGGAAGAUGCAGGUGAAGAGCCGUGGAGAUUUGAAGACACAGUUCACAGCGCCAGCAGCGGAAAGAGAGCGGGCAUCGCGGAAAUAAGAUGCAUGCGGGAGGGCCUGUGGCAUUAUACCUUUUCAGGUGAAGGGGUCCCGAAGAGGCCUUGGACAACGUUCAGAAUAUCGACCGCAGUUCUCUGUGGGUUUCGGCGCUAUCAUGCUACUGGUAUACCCCUUGCGAAUGGACUUGGCUGUUUAGACCUCAAUAUAUGGCUUUCAUUGUAUGGUCCGAAGGAGGAUGCUCAGGGGUAAAGUGUGGCUUGGGACAGGAGACCGAUAAGCUCUUGAUGCGCCAGUCGUAUGGCUGGGGUAGUGGGAUUGCUUUCUCGACCUGAUAAGCCAUCUAAGGGUGCAAGACUGGUCGAGCCGUGGCGCUUGCGUAGGUUUCCCAUAGUAUAGAGAUACAUUCCCGCUUCAGUAUUCUCAAUGCUCUUGUGUCACCCAUGUGCUCUAGUAUCUAUACUAUCGUAUGUAAUUCC